GGGCCCAGUCACGUCGGAACAUAUCUCAGAAUGGGCGUACCCUCGCAUGAAGCGCAAGACAGAAGCGCUCAAUGACCACAAUACCACCAAACGAUCCAAGACUGGGGGGGAUGCUGCAGGGAGCCCAAAACGUUCGGCGGUCCCGCUAAAGCAUCCAGUCCACAUUCAGAAUGGGAUCUACGCGGCGGAGAGGCUCUCCUGCUCCCUUGACAUCACUCAUGCUAUCAACUUCAUUCUCCAAGGGAGCAAAAUAUACAUUACAUGGUCAGACAGGCAGAGUGUUAUUCGAACGGGGGGCUUCGACAUCAUCGAUGACCUGCCUCACUUCCUUCUGGUCCUACUCGUUAUGCAACGGUUCGACCUGGCACGCUGGGGUUUUUUCACCGCGUUCGAGGGGUCGAGUAUCUACCCUGAACGAGGGCCCAAGGAUUCUGUCUUCUUCAAAGCCACCUUCAUCCAGGACGCUACGAUCCAUAUCUUUCCCGAUGAUGAUCUUAUCUAUGGGGGGGUCAAUCUGACGGGCCGUUCGACCGUCGUAGCUGGGGCUAGGAAGGCUGACAGUCCGAAUCCGAAUACUUCCGUGGAUAUUCGAAAAACCAACAACUUGGUCACCAAGGCUUCCUGGCCAGAGGAAGCGCGGGCUAGUGAGGUGAAGAUCAUCGAGCGGGCGAUGCAAAUCGGUGAAACCAAUAGCCUAGUGAGGGACCACAUUCCCACAAUCCAUGGUAACACAGACCCUCCGUAUGUCACAUGUUCGACAAGGUUCAUCCGGGAGUUUCUGGGUCUGAACACGACCGGGGCGCGAGUGCUUCGUUUCAUUAUACUCGACCGUCUGGGGGAGCUCAAGCACCUAGAUGAGGAAGACGUGCUAAUCGCAUAUUUGGACUGUUUCUUCUGUCAUUGGGGGUUGUGGGAUGGGGAGGUUUUCCAUGGGGAUAUCAGCACAGGGAAUCUUAUGUACAAGCCAGGUACGAAGCGCGGAGUUCUUGUCGACUUCGAUCUCGCUCGAUUGGGCAAACAGAUGGGACCGAGUGGGAAGGACAACACUGGAACUAUGCCGUUCAUGGCCCUGGAUCUCCUCAGUGUAGAAGCACUCAAGGGCUCGGUUCUACGUCUGUACCGACACGAUUCGGAGUCUUUUGCCUGGUGUCUCAUUUACAUCUGCAUUUGCAUGGACAAAGGAGAUGACGGUAAAAUUCUCACCAUCAGUCCCCAUCCUUUGUCAUCAUGGUUCAAGAGCCCAGACAACUGUCGUAAUUCCAAGCAAAAUGAAGAAACAGCAAACCUUCUCAAAAAGGCUCCCCUUCACCAACGGUACAGGAAUUUUGCUGCAGCGCUACACAAAUACUGGAUUGGGCGGUACUAUCGUCAAACGGCAGCUGAAAGAUCAGCCAUGUUUAAUAAUCCGUUUGAGGAUAUACGCGAACACUUCCCGGGGCAUCUGUUUCCCAAGUCUACCAAGAAUCCGGACAAGGAUUUAUAUGGAGAACUCUCGGAUCAGGAAUCAUUUGGGCAAGUUUACCAUAUACUCACUAACAAUCUUGGUAUGAUUCCAAGUUCCAAGAGAAAUGUUUUGGUUGAAAAGAUGACAGUUGUGACUACAAUUUACCCAUUUGUAACAUAUUAGUUAUAGGCUAAACCAGGGUACCCUAUCCAGUACCCAAAGUGAAGGGUUGCUGAAGAACUAAUUGCCCAAGCCAGAAGUUGAGUGAUGAUGAGAAGGAGGACUCUAUCCUAAGGGAGAUAAAAGCACUUUCAUCUGGGGCUUAUCAG